AUGGUUAACACAAAUGCGCAAAAUAAUAAAAACUAUUACUGGCGAAAAAAAGCUGCCAAGGAAGCUGAAAUGGCUCGUCAAGGCUUGUCAGUAAACAAGCCAAUAAGAAAAACAGCAGCAGAACGUAAUCGUGCCUAUAGGCUGCGAAAAAAAAUGCUUUCACAAGUAGAAGAAUCAUCCGUGCCUGAGAUUUUAUCCACACCGUCAACUUCAAGUUCACGAAUAGUGACUUUUGCGCCAUCAUUUCGAUGGAUUAACCUUGAGAAGGAAUCAUUAAAAAUGACAUCGACUGACACAUAUCAGUUAAAAUGGCAUUCUCACAGUUCCCAUUUAAAUGGUUCCGUAGCAUCGUUGCUACGCUCGGAGCGAUUUACGGAUGUGGUCCUUUGCACCAUGGAUGGGUCUCAGAUACCGGCGCACAAAUUCAUCCUCAGUUCAUGCAGCGUCUACUUCAGCGGUCUUUUCGAAGGACAACGUUCUGUGACGCGUAUGGGGGGAAUACUGUACGUAGUUCUGCCGUCGGAGAUAUCCACUAAAGCCUUGAAGAUUCUCGUAGAGUACAUGUACAAAGGUGAAACCACAGUCUCUAAUGAAGUGUUAGACAUAGUAUUAAAAGCAGGAGAAGUGCUCAAAAUUAGGGGAUUAUGGCGUCAGACAGAUGAGAUUGGGGGUGAUUCUACACCUGCUGAGAAGACCACUACAAGCCCAUCAUCUGCUAAGCAAACAGAGAAAACAAAAGAAGUAACCAAAAUAGCUUUAAAAAAAGAUGAAAAAAUUCUCAAAACAUUUAAUCCAAUUCAGGGCCAGGGUGGGAGACCAAUGUUUAUUGGCCCUCCAAAGUUGGUUUUCAUCAAAACAAGUGAUGGGACUACUCAAGCUGCUAUAAGACCUGCCGUACCAGGAACCAAAGGUCAGACUAUAUUUGUGACCCCUGCUCCAGCUAACACGGAAACCACUACAUCCACUAUCACAAUGCCCACACCAACUAUCAGCUUGGCUUUAGAUGACGCAGAAGAAGGAAUUCCAGCUAGGGUUGUAAAAAGAAAUGUUGCAGAAAAGAAAUAUGGCAAGAAACAAAAGGUGGAGACUCCGGAAGAAGUUAAGGAUGAUAAUGCCUCCGUUAGUUCAAAGAAAUCAAGUCAAAGUAAUUCAGCUGUGGAAGUCCAUGUGAAAGAAGAGCCAGAAUGGGAUGCAAGCAGCAUUGAGGAAGAAGAGAGAUCCAUUGCAGAGAUGUUCCAAGCCGAGAUGAGUGUCAAGUCGGAGCCAUGUGAUGAUGUAGAAGUUGAAGAAGAGGGACUGCUCUACAGUCCACUCUCAUGUGAGCUAUGCGCUGAAGUGUUCUCGGUGCCGGCUGCAUGGGUCAGGCAUGUGCAGCAUCAUGCGGACCAAGAUGAUCAUCAUGCUCGGAAGAGAAAACGGAGAUCAGAUAGCGACGACACAGAAGACACGACAGCUUUACUCCGCUGUGACCUUUGUCAGAAACAUUUCCCGAACCCAGCGGAAUGGGUGAGACACAUACAAAGCUCGCACACGGAGACAGAAUUGGCCUUAUCAAACAACAGUGAACCACCAAAACGUCACAAUCGUUUCACAGACGGCGAGCAAAGCAAGAAAUGCGAACAAUGCAACAGGAACUUCCCGUCGCAUGCCUCCAUGCUCAUACACUUGCGCACGCACACGGGCGAACGCCCAUUCGUAUGCGGGCUCUGCAACAAAGGUUUCAACGUGAAAUCCAACUUGUUGCGCCACCUGCGUACGUUACACGACCAAGUGGUAAGCCCCACUGAGCUCGAUGAAGCUGGACCUUCGGAGCUGAAGAAGGAAACCUGAGCCAGGGGAGGAGGGGCAGGCAGAGGUCGCGGUCGUCCGCCUCUUACGAUGAGCGCCAGUCGCAAAGGCGGCGUGGGCCGAGGCGACGCACUUCGCAAGCAGAGCUACUCGCUCUUCCUCAAGCAGCGGGCCGUUCUCUUCUCCGCCAAGAAGUGGAAAUAGCACCGCUCGUACCGUGAGACGCUCAUUUAAUUUUUUACUUUGUUUUAUGAUGCAAUUAAGAAUCAUAUUAUACUCCAUUUAGAUCUGCCUUAUUAUGAUCUGCCAUAUUCAACAACGGUAAGACUUAAAUGUCAUACAUACAUACAGAAUUUAAAAAGCUAAUAAGUAAUAGUGCACUUUGGUAAAAUCUGAACAAUUUUAAUUCAGCUGUAACUAAAUAGUGAGUGUCUCAAGGUAGAAGUGGGAAUUAUCUGCCCCUCCUCCCUUUUUAAUUUUAAGAGUAAAUUAUUUUUAUAUCUAGUCUACUAGAUCUCAUUUCUUAGACAAGUAGUCAUUUAAAUAUAGUUUUAGGUUAACAUUGGUUUUAAUGCUAAUAUAAUAUCCAAAGAAUAGUUUCGUUGUUGAACGAAUGUCAACUGUUUUUAAAUUUCAUGUGACAAUUGCAUGACAUUUUAAGUGAUUUGACAUUUUAAUUUUGUCAUAGAGACAUUAAUUUUAUUGAAGAAACUUAUUUUAUGUUCUUACAUUCCUAUGUGUGGUACUUAAUUUAAUACUCAUGUUUAACAUGUAUUUGUACUAUUUUAUAAAAUAGUGAAGAGAAAUAAAAUUCAGACAUU